UGCAUGACGGCGUGCCCCGGCCAGGCUGGGGCUGGGCGGGGAUUGGCUGAAGGGGCUGUAAUUCAGCGGUUUCCGGAGCUGCGGCGGCGUAGACCGGGAGGGGGAGCCGGGGGUUCCGACGUAGCAGCCGAGGGAACAAGCCCCAACCGGAUCCUGGACAGGCACCCCGGCUCGGCGCUGUCUCUCCCCCUCGGCUCGGAUAAGCCCUCCGGCCUGAGGGAGCCCCGUCGCCCGCCCCCGGCGCACGCGCAGCCCCGGCCUCUCGGCCUCUGCUGGAGAAACAGCAGGAUGGCCCAAUGGAAUCAGCUACAGCAGCUUGACACACGGUACCUGGAGCAGCUCCAUCAGCUCUACAGUGACAGCUUCCCAAUGGAGUUGCGGCAGUUUCUGGCCCCUUGGAUUGAGAGUCAAGAUUGGGCAUAUGCGGCCAGCAAAGAAUCACAUGCCACUUUGGUGUUUCAUAAUCUCCUGGGCGAGAUUGACCAGCAGUAUAGCCGCUUCCUGCAAGAAUCGAAUGUUCUCUAUCAGCACAAUCUACGAAGAAUCAAGCAGUUUCUUCAGAGCAGGUAUCUUGAGAAGCCAAUGGAGAUUGCCCGGAUUGUGGCCCGGUGCCUGUGGGAAGAGUCACGCCUCCUACAGACUGCAGCCACUGCGGCCCAGCAAGGGGGCCAGGCCAACCACCCCACAGCAGCUGUGGUGACGGAGAAGCAGCAGAUGCUGGAGCAGCACCUUCAGGAUGUCCGGAAGAGAGUACAGGAUCUAGAACAGAAAAUGAAAGUGGUAGAGAAUCUCCAGGAUGACUUUGAUUUCAACUAUAAAACCCUCAAGAGUCAAGGAGGUCAAGGAGUUUCUCCUUCCUCCGCAGACAUGCAAGAUCUGAAUGGAAACAACCAGUCAGUGACCAGGCAGAAGAUGCAGCAGCUGGAACAGAUGCUCACUGCGCUGGACCAGAUGCGGAGAAGCAUCGUGAGUGAGCUGGCGGGGCUUUUGUCAGCGAUGGAGUACGUGCAGAAAACUCUCACAGACGAGGAGCUGGCUGACUGGAAGAGGCGGCAACAGAUUGCCUGCAUUGGAGGUCCGCCCAACAUCUGCCUAGAUCGGCUAGAAAACUGGAUAACGUCAUUAGCAGAAUCUCAACUUCAGACCCGUCAACAAAUUAAGAAACUGGAGGAGUUGCAGCAAAAAGUGUCCUACAAAGGGGACCCCAUUGUACAGCACCGGCCGAUGCUGGAGGAGAGAAUCGUGGAGCUGUUCAGAAACUUAAUGAAAAGUGCCUUUGUGGUGGAGCGGCAGCCCUGCAUGCCCAUGCAUCCCGACCGGCCCCUUGUCAUCAAGACCGGCGUCCAGUUCACUACCAAAGUCAGGUUGCUGGUCAAAUUCCCUGAGUUAAAUUAUCAACUUAAAAUUAAAGUGUGCAUUGACAAAGACUCUGGGGAUGUUGCAGCUCUCAGAGGAUCCCGGAAAUUUAACAUUCUGGGCACAAACACCAAAGUGAUGAACAUGGAAGAGUCCAACAACGGCAGCCUCUCUGCAGAAUUCAAACACUUGACCCUGAGGGAGCAGAGAUGUGGGAAUGGGGGCCGAGCCAACUGUGAUGCUUCCCUGAUUGUGACUGAGGAGCUGCACCUGAUCACCUUUGAGACAGAGGUAUAUCACCAAGGCCUCAAGAUUGACCUAGAGACCCACUCCUUGCCAGUUGUGGUGAUCUCCAACAUCUGUCAGAUGCCAAAUGCCUGGGCGUCCAUCCUGUGGUACAACAUGCUGACCAACAACCCCAAGAACGUAAACUUUUUUACCAAGCCCCCAAUCGGAACCUGGGAUCAAGUGGCCGAGGUCCUGAGCUGGCAGUUCUCCUCCACCACCAAGCGAGGACUGAGCAUCGAGCAGCUGACUACACUGGCGGAGAAACUCUUGGGACCUGGCGUGAAUUAUUCAGGGUGUCAGAUCACAUGGGCUAAAUUUUGCAAAGAAAACAUGGCUGGCAAGGGCUUCUCCUUCUGGGUCUGGCUGGACAAUAUCAUUGACCUUGUGAAAAAGUACAUCCUGGCCCUUUGGAAUGAAGGGUACAUCAUGGGCUUUAUCAGUAAGGAGCGGGAGCGGGCCAUCUUGAGCACCAAGCCUCCAGGCACCUUUCUGCUAAGAUUCAGUGAAAGCAGCAAAGAAGGCGGCGUCACUUUCACUUGGGUGGAGAAGGACAUCAGUGGUAAGACCCAGAUCCAGUCCGUGGAACCAUACACCAAGCAGCAGUUGAACAACAUGUCAUUUGCUGAAAUCAUCAUGGGCUAUAAGAUCAUGGAUGCUACCAAUAUUCUGGUGUCUCCGCUGGUCUAUCUCUACCCUGACAUUCCCAAGGAGGAGGCAUUCGGAAAGUAUUGUCGGCCAGAGAGCCAGGAGCAUCCUGAAGCUGACCCAGGUAGCGCCGCCCCAUACCUGAAGACCAAGUUUAUCUGUGUGACACCAACGACCUGCAGCAAUACCAUUGACCUGCCGAUGUCCCCCCGCACUUUAGAUUCAUUGAUGCAGUUUGGAAAUAAUGGUGAAGGUGCUGAACCCUCAGCAGGAGGGCAGUUUGAGUCCCUCACCUUUGACAUGGAGUUGACCUCGGAGUGUGCUACCUCCCCCAUGUGAGGAGCUGAGAACGGAAGCUGCAAAAGAUACGACUGAGGCGCCUACCUGUGUUCCGCCACCCCUCACACAGCCAAACCCCAGAUCACCUGAAACUACUAACUUUGUGGUUCCAGAUUUUUUUUAAUCUCCUACUUCUGCUAUCUUUGAGCAAUCUGGGCACUUUUAAAAAUAGAGAAAUGAGUGAAUGUGGGUGAUCUGCUUUUAUGUAAAUGCAAAUAAGGAUGUGUUCUCUGAGACCCGUGAUCGGGGGAUGUGGCGGGGGGUGGCUAGAGGGAGAAAAAGGAAAUGUCUUGUGUUGUUUUGUUCCCCUGCCCUCCUUUCUCAGCAGCUUUUUGUUAUUGUUGUUGUUGUUCUUAGACAAGUGCCUCCUGGUGCCCGCGGCAUCCUUCUGCCUGUUUCUGUAAGCAAAUGCCACAGGCCACCUGUAGCUACAUACUCCUGGCAUUGCACUUUUUAACCUUGCUGACAUCCAAAUAGAAGAUAGGACUAUCUGAGCCCUAGGUUUCUUUUUAAAUUAAGAAAUAAGAACAAUUAAAGGGCAAAAAACACUGUUUCAGCAUAGCCUUUCUGUAUUUAAGAAACUUCAGCAGCCGGCCGCAGGGACUCACGCCUGUAAUCCCAGCACUUUGGGAGGCCGAGGUGGGUGGAUCAUGAGGUUAGGAGAUCAAGACUGUCCUGGCUAACACGGUGAAACCCCGUCUCUACUAACAGUACAAAAAAUUAGCCGGGCGUGGUGGCGGGUGCCUGUAGUCCCAGCUACUCGGGAGGCUGAGGCAGGAGAAUGGCAUGAACCCAAGAGGCGGAGGUUGCAGUGAGCCAAAAUCACACCACUGCACUCCAACUCAGGCAACAGUGUGAGACUCCAUCUCAAAAAAAAAAGAAAAGAAAAAGAAACUUCAGUUAACAGCCUCCUUGGUGCUUUAAGCAUUCAGCUUCCUUCAGGUUGAUAAUUUAUAUAACCCCUGAAACAGGCUUCAGGUCAAACCCUUAAAAGACAUCUGAAGCUGCAGCCUGGCCUUUGAUGUUGAAAUAGGAAGGUUUAAGGAGAAUCUAAGCAUUUUAGACUUUUUUUUAUAAAUAGACUUCUAUUUUCCUUUGUAAUGUAUUGGUCUUUUAGUGGGUAAGGCUGGGCAGAGGGUGCUUACAACCUUGACUCCCUUUCUCCCUGGACUUGAUCUGCUGUUUCAGAGGCUAGGUUGUUUCUGUGGGUGCCUUAUCAGGGCUGGGAUACUUCUGAUUUGGGCUUCCUUCUUGCCCCACCCUCCCGACCCCAGUUCCCCUGACCCUGCUAGUGGCAUGUCUCCUCCCAUGUCUGAAGGUCCCUCGUCCUGUUUGUUUUAGGAAUCCUGGUCUCAGGACCUCAUGGAAGAAGAGGGGGAGAAAGUUACCAGUUGGAUAUGAUGCAGACUAUGGGGCCCCAGCGACGUGUCUGGUUGAGCUCAGGGAAUAUGGUUCUUAGCCCAGUUUCUUGGUGAUUUCCAGCAGUCAGUUCAGGCAGGGCAAAGGCUUACUGAUAAACUUGAGUCUGCCCUCGUAUGAGGGUUAUAGCUGGCCUCCCUCUGAGGCUGGUGACUCUUCCCUGCUGGGGCCCCACAGGUGAGACAGAACAGGUAGAGGGCCUCCCUGUCUGCCCGCCUUGGCCAGCUAGCUUGCCUCUCCUGUGCGUAUGGGAACACCUAGCACGUGCUGGGUGGGCUGCCUCUGACCCAGAGGCAUGGCCGAAUUUGGCGACUCAAAACCACCUUGCCUCAGCUGAUCAGAGUUUCUGUAGAAUUCUGAUUGUUAGAUCAAAUUAGCUGGUCUCUGAAUUAAGUGGGAGAGGACCUUCUCUAAGAUGAACCGGGUUCGCCCCAGUCCUCCUGCCUGGAGACAGUUGAUGUGUCUUGCAGAGCUCUCGCUUCUCCAGCAACACUCUUCAGUACAUAAUAAGCUUAACUGAUAAACAGAGAGAAUAUUUAGGAAGGUGAGUCUUGGGCUUACCAUUGGGUUUAAAUCAUAGGGACCUCGGGAAAGGGUUCGGGCUUCUCUGGAGCAGAUAUUAUGAAGUUCAUGGCCUUAGGUAGCAUGUGUAUCUGGUCUUAACUCUGAUUGUAGCAAAAGUUCUGAGAGGAGCUGAGCCUUGUUCUGGCCCCUUAAAGAACAGGGUCCUCAGGCCCUGCCCGCUUCCUGUCCACUGCCCUCCUGCCCGUCCCCAGCCCAGCUGAGGGAAUCCCGUGGGUUGCUUACCUACCUAUAAGGUGGUUUAUAAGCUGCUGUCCUGGCCACUGCAUUCAAAUUCCAAUGUGUACUUCAUAGUGUAAAAAUUUAUAUUAUUGUGGGGUUUUUUGUCUUUUUUUUUUUUUUUUUUGGUAUAUUGCUGUAUCUACUUUAACUUCCAGAAAUAAACGUUAUAUAGGAACCGUC